UUUAUUUGUGAGUGAUACGUGCACGGUAUAUUUCGAGUGCUGCGAAUCUUAUUUUGUAUGUAAGUAGGCUGUUAAUUGCUAAAUUAUUAGUGAAAUAAGUGGUUUUAUCUCCCAGCUAAAUUCUAUAGCAAGGGAGAAAACAAAACAAGUGCAUCGUGUGUGUCAAUCAAUGGACUUCAUGCAACUUGCAUGCAAGUUCUUGCCUCCCUCAUCCCUUGUGAGGUGAUUUGUUUUUUUUUGGGAAGAAAUAUAUAAUUACUUCUCGUGUUUUGCCUCUUUGGCUUGGAUACUAAGCAAGCAUUGAAAUAGUGCGGCUAUAAUACGGCAAUAGUAGCAAACAGUUGGUUAGUGAGGUGCAUUAAAUACUGCAGUUGAUAUAAUCCGCCAUCUGACUUCGGUCACUUUAACUGUAUUGAUAGUGAGAAACAUUUUCGGGCUAGUGAGAUCAACACACUCAUACCAUCUAUGGCGUGUGGCCCUCGCAUAUAGCCAAAAAUGAAUGCGUUGGGGAGAGCGGGGAAAAAAAGCUCCCUUCACGUAAAAGGGGGGAAAGACUAAAAUAAGAAACAUAGACACUAUUAAUGACUUUAUCACCAAUUUCACAGUUAAAUUAUUUUUUUUUGCUUAAUCAAAUAAUAAUCAAAUAUUUUGUUACCUAGACUGUUUACUAUUAUUAUUUCCUUUUUAUUAUUAAUUUAUUUUUGCUUUACUAUUGUCUACAUUUAUAUAUAUAUUUUUUUUUUUAAACAUUAAUUACUAUUAUAUUUUGCCUAUUUUUCUGCUUUUCUUUCCAUUUUUUUUUUCCUCUAUCCUAGUUAUUUUGCUUUAGUUUUUGUUGUAUUGCUUACUCGAUCUUAAAACUAGAAUUGCUACUCUCUAUAUUUUAACAGCAGCAGAUAAAUAAAGUCAUCAUGAGUGGAUCAAAGAUGGAAAUAGACAGAGAAAGGGAAGGAGAAGAUUUCCAACUUGGAAGCAAAUCCGUCGACGAUGUACUUUCCUGUUCUUCCUCCAUCCUAAACACGGAUAAUGAUGGUGUCGAAGGUAAUGAUGGUUACGAUGACGACGACGACUACGAAGAUGGCAUCAAUGUAACAUUAUUGUCAACUCCGCCACCGGCAAUAGUUCCCGUGAAAUCGGAUGGGCAGACCAAAUCCCAGUUUGCCGAUAAUAAGGGAACAAUUGGAAAGAAACUAAGUGGAGCAGGUCAAAAGCGCUUCAAAAAACUGAUUGAUAGUGGGUAUAGCCGAGAAGAAGCUCAUAAAAUGGCUCAAAUACCACUCAAUCAACUAGAUUUGUCAAAACGACAGAGAAAUUCAGACUUGAAUGGGUCAAAUACAAGCGGCAAUCCAACACCCGCCAAAAUAGCACGUAAUGACUGGGGUGCUCGUAGACCUCCAGGCAGCUCAGUGCAACAUCGUAUCGAUGAAGCACAAUCUAGACACUCAGGAUCUCAUAGAACUGAGGGUAUGAUUAACCACUCCUACAGAGAUGUAGUCAACUCUGUAAAAGUAGGAAUUCUUCCAAAAGAAUAUCCGAAUGUGGAGCUCACGAAAGAACAGAUGGCAGCUACAAGUAAGGCCAUAUUGGCGAAAGUUGCAGGACAGCGAAAAGAGGCCCUGAAACCAAAAUUCGGUUUGUGUGCGUUCAAACCUGGAUACCUAGUCAUUGUAUGCAAAAACCAGGAAACAGCAAACUGGCUUAAAACUACAAUCACUUCGAUAACACCCUGGCAAGGGGCAGAAUUACUGGCGGUUGAUGAAAGCGAAAUCCCGCAACCUGAAAUCUUGAUUGGCUUUUUCCCAUGGAGUGCAGAAGACAGUAAUGGAGAGAUUCUGGCGCUCUUGGAAAGCCAAAAUGAUGGGCUUACUGUUGAUUUGUGGAGAAUACUGCAGCGCAAUGUCGUAAGUCAAAGACACGUCGAGCUCGUUUUCACUGUCGACGGAGCUUCGCUGAGCUCUAUCAAAAAAAGUGAAUACAAUCUCGACUUCAAAUUUGGGAUUGCUUAUCUUAGGAAGAAAUUCCAAAAGAAGUACCAACAUGAUGGCAGUGAAAGACCAGGGAGUAGGGAUGACAAUGAUUCUCGACAGACCCACGUAGGCACUGGCGAUAACAAGAUGGUCGUAGACCAGAUUGAGGAAAUCCCAGGACCAAGUGGAGUCGGGGAAGCAAAAACAAACCGUAAAGCUACUGGUCACACUGCAAAUACUGUCGGCGCUAAAAAAAGUGAAAAGAAACCGACAAACAAAGGAUUUAACCCAGAAUACCGAGAACUGAAGAUUCCAGAUGGGAAAAAUCUAAAUAAGGGGUGUCGCACAACCAAGCAAGGGGAUGAAGUAAAUCCCCGCUCAAGCGGCGAACAACGACAUCUUCAACAGCAAAAAAAUUAAGUUUAUUCAAGUGAAUCUUCACCAUGCGAAGGGAGCAACUGCUGUACUUUGCAGAAGAUUUACGAAGAGCAAACUGGAUAUCGCAUUAAUCCAGGAGCCAUGGACAACUAACAGUAGGAUAGCAGGAAUUCCUACAUCUUAAUUUAUAAAAAGAGACAUCGUCGCAGUAAUGGUGGAGGUGCCAACAACCAAUGGCAAAACGGAAAUCUACGUUGCAUCAGCAUACUUUCCGGGAGACAUAGGAGAAGUUCCUCCACCGGAAGUGGUAGAGUUUGUUACAUACUGCAACAAACAAAAUAAAGCGUUUAUAAUUGGCUGCGAUGCAAAUGCCCAUCACACGGUAUGGGCAAGCACGGGCAUCAAUAGCAGAGGUGAGUACCUUUUAGAUUAUAUCUAUAACAAUGAAAUAGACAUAUGUAAUAGGGGAGAAGCACCAACAUUUAUAAAUGCAAUAAGGCAGGAAGUACUUGAUUUAACAUUGUGUAGUCCGAAAAUCUCGGAAAAAAUAAAAAAUUGGCAUGUAUCUGAUGAAGCAUCAUUAUCGGAUCAUAUGCAAAUCUUAUUCGAGUAUGAGGCUGGUCAACAACUCACACAAACUAUAAGAGAUCCCAGAAAAACAAACUGGGAGCUUUACAAUUCAGAGCUGAGAGCUGGAGUAAACACAUUACAAACAUCCUCAAAAUCAUGCACAGAACUUGAAGAAAGUUCAAAACAAAUAUCAAAUUUGAUUUUGAAUGCAUUUAAUAAAAG